AUCAGUAAGCAGAAGACAUGAGAAAAAGAAAUCUGUUUCAACUACCUUCCGAGAAUCCUGAUUUUCCCGCCAAUUCCAUGGCGCCACCUCCACUUUCCCAAGAAAACUCAUUUUCCUUCCCAAAUUUUCCCGGAAUAUUCCGCAACCACCCUCGCUGUCGAUACCUCUGCGUCUCCACCGCAUGCAUCCUCCUCUACCUCCUUUACACCCUCACGAGCGUCUUCAUCUCCGCGCAGCUACUCUUCAACCUCGAGCUCCAAGUCUCUCUCGCGAUUUCGAUGCGCCGCGCAGAGUAACGUUGCAUUCUUCUAGAGUGUUCCACUCGCCGGAGGCAUUCGAAUUGGACUACGAGAAGAUGGAGAAGGAGUUGAAGGUGUUCGUGUACCCUGAUGGUGAUCCUGAGACCUAUUUCCACACGCCGAGGAAGCUCACCGGGAAAUAUUCCAGCGAAGGUUAUUUCUUCAAGAACAUCAAAGAAAGCCGUUUCUUCACUGCCGAUCCUCUUCAAGCUCACCUCUUCUUCAUUCCUAUUUCUUGCCACAAAAUGCGAGGCAAGGGGUUGACUUAUGAGCUUAUGAUUUAUGAAGUUGGGAAGUAUGUGGAGAGCCUAAAGUUCAAGUAUCCUUAUUGGAACAGAACAUUGGGUGCUGAUCACUUUUUUGUGACUUGCCAUGAUAUCGGUGCCAAGGCUACGAAUGGGGUUCCAUAUCUUGUCAAAAAUUCCAUUCGGGUGGUUUGUUCAUCCAGUUAUGACGGUUUGUUUAUUCCACACAAAGAUGUUACCCUCCCCCAAGUCCAGCUGCCAUUUCUUCACCCUGCAGGUGGAAAUGACAUAAAGAGAAGGAAAAUACUUGCUUUCUGGGCUGGUCGCUCUGAUUCUAAAUUGAAAGAUGAACUAGCAGCUGUGUGGGACAAUGAUACUGAACUUGACAUUCAGAAUAACAGAAUUGACCGUCAUGCUACUGGAUCUAUUGUUUAUUUGGAGAAACUUUAUAGAUCCAAGUUUUGUUUGUGCCCUCACGGUCCUGUUGGUAGCAGCCGUAUCGCGGACUCAAUCCAUUAUGGCUGUGUUCCGGUAAUCAUGUCAAACUAUUAUGACUUGCCUUUUAAUGAGAUUCUGGAUUGGAGGAAGUUUUCUGUAGUAGUGAAGGAAAGUGACCUUUAUCAGCUCAAAGACAUUCUGAGAAAUAUAUCUGAGAAAGAUUUUGUGACAUUGAAUCAGAACUUAGUAAAGGUCCAGAAGCAUUUCCAGUGGAAUACACCUCCAGUUAGACUAGAUGCGUUUCAUAUGGUCAUGUAUGAACUCUGGCUACGCCGCCAUCUCACUAGGUACUUUUAAGAAGAAACUCAGACAAUGAUAUCUGAAGCAAGGAGUUUUAUUUGUACAUACGAUUAACAGUACGAUGUGACCCCAACCUGUGAAUCCCCACCGCAAGCUGUAUCCUCAAAGUGAAACAUGUUUGACCACUUAGAGAAUUUGUGUGUAAAAUGAGUAUUAGGAAGGCAGUCUUCUCAGUAAAAUAACAAAUGUAUAUGUCUGCACGAAACCCCCCAAACCCUGCAGAGAUAAAAGAUAUUUGGUGAUAGAAGUCGGUGACUGUUAAUUGUGAAACAAGAGAUGCUGGUGUUGAGCUUGGAAUCCAUGUUAGGGAGAGUACUCCCAUAAUCUUUUUCAGCCAAAAUACAUGGUUCGUGGCAAAUAAGACAUUUCUGAAGCAUCUAA